CUCGCUUUGAGCAUCUAUAGCUAAAUUUAUCAAAAACAAGAUAAUUAAGGAUAAAUUAUCUUUAAUCAAUCUAAUAAAAUAGUAAAUCUGAAAAGAAUCGAGCAUAUUCUUCCUAUAAGUUGUAUAUUGAUACAUACGCUUACUUAGAUAGUUCAUGAGUUGGUCAACCGACCAAAACACCCUUCCUCGCUAAUAAAUUUCUAGAUCCUAAUUCCAUUUGAUUCUAUAAAAGGAAAUUUUAUACUGUUCUUAAACUUAAUACAUACGUUGCUAUUCAUUGCUGGCUUUUUGGGUGGUUUCAAUAAAACAGAUUUCUAGAGAUUAAAUUGUAAUCCACACACCUUAGGAUUUUAAUUCUUUAUUUUAAUUAAUAUCGAUUGGUUCGUUUUAUAACGAAACGAACGCGGUUAGACAAUGAGUGCGACGGUAAAAAAAGACAACAAAAAUGUGAAUGCAAAUCAUCCAGGUCCGUUAAAAAGUAUUUUAGCCGGUGGUAUUGCUGGUGCUGUGGAGAUUUCUAUAACCUACCCUGCUGAAUUUGCCAAGACUCGUUUUCAACUGCAUCGAAAAGUUGAGGGUUUAAACAAGCUGCCGCGUUUCGGCUUGGAAUGGUACAAAGGUUGCUCGACAGUAGUCAUUGGAAAUUCUUUAAAAGCUGCUGUUAGGUUUUUCGCAUUUGAUAGUAUAAAAAAGACCCUCGCAGAUGAAAAUGGUAAUUUAUCUGGACCUCGAACAGUACUCGCCGGCUUAGGUGCCGGAAUUGCAGAGUCUACACUUGUGCUAACACCCUUCGAAAGUAUCAAAACUUCUAUUAUUGAUGAAGGAAAGAAGCCCAAGCCUCGGUACCAUGGAUUCUUGAAAGGUUGUAAAACUAUGCUCAAAGACGGAGGUAUUCGAGCUUUCUAUCGUGGUUUGCUUCCUACAGUAGCACGUCAAGCUACAAACUCUGGUGUUCGCUUCACAGCUUACAACAGCAUCAAGCAAUCUCUUCAAAGUCGACUCCCUCCAGACGAGUCUCUUGGCACGGUGUCUACCUUUCUGGUUGGUUCUGUAGCAGGUAUUAUCACCGUCUACUGCACACAGCCAAUUGAUACUAUUAAGAGUCGCAUGCAGUCUUUAACGGCUAAGCAAGAGUACAAGAAUAGCUUUCAUUGUGCAUACAAGAUAUUUACUCAGGAUGGUAUAUUACGCUUCUGGUCCGGCGCAACCCCUCGUUUGGCUCGAUUGAUUCUUAGUGGUGGUAUUGUUUUUACUGUCUAUGAAAAAGUUAUGGACGUUUUACAGAUUUUUUAACUUAUUUUCUCUCAAAUUUUUGCUUCCUCGUUUUAAUUAAUCAUAAUGUGAUAUCUGACUUGUACAAAUCUCACACAAUAAACAAAAUGAUUUUUCAGAAUUAAAAUACAAAGUUCUUUAGUCAAAUUUUUUAAUCUACUAUUUUUCUUACACA